GACGCCUUUCGUUACGUUGGUAUUUUUGCAAUCGAUAUAAUUAUCCGAUAUAUCGUAUUCCUACUCGAAAUCUAACAUCCCUAGAUGUCAUUUUUAAUAUCAUUGCAUUUUUGUAUUAAAAAAUUUAAAAAUACAUUGAUAAUUAUUUAUUCACUAUAAUGGCUGAUCCAGAACUAGAAAAGAUAAGACAACAAAGACUUGCACAACUACAAGCUCAACAUGGGGGAGGAGAUCCAAACCAAGCUAAAGCUCAAGAAGAAAGAAUGCAAGCGAUGGAAGAGGCUAAGCAUUCGAUUCUUACUCAAGCACUCAGUCAAGACGCCAGAGCCAGAUUAAACAUAAUUAAACUUGGUAGACCUGAAAAAGGUGCAAUGGUGGAAAACAUGAUCUGCAGAAUGGUACAGAUGGGACAAAUACGUGGAAAAAUAUCAGAACAGGAAUUAAUUCAGCUAGUGGAGUCUCUUAACCAACAAAUGCCUAAGUCAUCAAGCACUGUUAAGUUUGAUAGAAGAAGGGCUGCUCUUGAUUCUGAUGAUGAUUUGUAGCAGACUGUCACUAGUUUUAAGCACUCCAACAAGUUAACAUAGAACACAUUAAUUUAUAGAUUUAUUAUUAACCUCAAGCAAGUUUUUUCAAACUAUAAUUCCUUGAUAUUACUUUGUAUUUUAUUUC